UCUUACGCCGACGUUGCUGCUUCUGGUCCCAAGCAGAGCCCUGAAGAGGCUGCUGCCCCUCAACCCCCCCAGGUCAUCACCGACGAGUCCGCCUCCACAGCGUCCCUCAUCGACGUCGACCUCCCCAGCGUCCACACCGUCCCCGCCGACUUCCUCGAGCAGGAGAUCCAGACGGAGACCCAGGCCGCCCGCCUCGAGCGCGAGGAGGAGGCCGCCGCCGCCAAGGCCUCGUCCAAGAAGGCCAAGGCCAGGAAGCAGGUGAAGUCGGCCGACAGCUGGCUGCAGGCCCAGUUCGCCCGCCUCUCCGACACCGAGGCCGGGGCCGUCGCCGCCGUCAACCUCGCCACCGUCGUGGGCAUCAGCGCCUUCCUCGGGUACAAGGCCUGGGGCCUGUACCAGCGCGGCAGCCUGUCGUGGAAGGACAUCGGGAUCGGCGCUGGCGUCGUAGCGGGCGUGGGUGCCGUCGAGAGCGUUGUCGGGCGGUAUCUGUACAAGACCAAGAAGGACGGAUCUUCGUAA